AUGAACACCAAAUCUAUUUAUCUAACAUGUUUUGCAUGUUUUGUCGAGUGCUUUCCUGUGUUUUUAUCUAUGGUCUUUUUUAUCAUAUCUAAUAUCCAGCAUUAUACCAUGUCUCACAGAAUUGCUGAUUCUGCACAUACACCUACUUAUUUUACUUCUGUGACAUGCGGUACAAUUUUUCUCUGGGAUAGGCGAGGCGAUGAUCCAAACAAUUGGAAAGAAUGGUGCUCCCAUGUUCUCUCUUAUCCAGGAAAAUCAAUACAGCAAAAUAAGAGGGACAUGUUUGUUGCAUUUGAAGGUGUACUUAUGAGUGCAAGGGAGCCUCGAGGAUUUGGGUUUGUCCAGUACUUCAAUCCUGAUGAUGCUGCAGAUGGAAAAUACUACAUGGACGGACAGGUUAUUUGUGGCAAACAAGUAACAGUUUUAUUUGCAUAA